UGUGUGUGUGUGUGCGUGCGUGUGUGUGAUAUAUAUAUAUAUAUAGCGAUAGCGACUGGAUAGCUCAGUUGGUAAGGCAUCGGUUUGGCAUAUGGGAGACGGCGGUUCGAAUCCCGCUUGGGGCAAAAAAUGAGCACAUAACACCAUCCAGUGUGGGUCCUUGUCCUUCACGCUAAUGCCUACCUCAAAAUAAUAAUAAUAAUAAUAAUAAUAAUAAUAAUAAUAAUAAUACAUCACAUUUAUAAGCGCCUUUCACAACACUCAAGGACACUGUACAGCCAAGACCAAUAGUAAAAACAGAUAAAAUAAUAAAUAAAUAAAGAAAGAUUUAAUACAUACAAUGAUCAGAGACAAUAAAAUGAAUGACAUGCCGGCUCAGACGUCGCCCGGCCAAACAAGGUCUGCGUCAGGUGUUGUGGAACCAGAGCACCUUGAUGAAAAAUGGGCUAUAGGAACAAACCGGAGAUGGGCGAGAUGCGAUAACAUGGCUCUGUUGGAAUGCUACUACUCAAGCAACCCUAGUCAGAGGGGUUACAUGCAGAGAAUGUGGGCUAAAUGGUUACUUCGAAACCCACAGUCACGGUUGACCACGAAACAACUAGUAACUCAGUGUUCCAACAUCCACAAACGGCAACUGCUGUCACAACUUGAAAUUGAUACGGUACAACGCAGGUUCCAUGGUGAAGGGCCCCAGGCUGCCAGACCAGAGGGAGGAGGUCAUACCAGAGAUUGGGAGGCAAGCCCCAAUGAAUGCAGAUGAUGAGAUUGGGAAUCCAGCCCCAAUGAAUGAAAUGCUGAGCGAGGCAGCAACUGACCUGAAAGCCAAGAUCAUGGCGAGAAUCAAAGCUGGGCAACCUAGAAACCGAUUACAACGGCUAUGUGAAGUACCACCUGAAAGUCUCAUGGAAAGUGUGAAUGCAGCACUGAGGGCAAUCCCUACCGUAACGAUCACGGAAACCAAUGAGCUGAUAUACGCUUCAGCGUCAGUGAUCCUUGAGAUGCUUGGCUAUAAGAGCAACCAUGGAAGCCAUGAGAUACGUGACCCACCAUGGAAAAGAUGGUUGGAGGCUAAGAUCAAGGCGGCUCGGAAAGAUGUGAGUCAAUUGACCGAGGCCCAGAGAGGUGUGAUGAAAAGGCCGAUACCCGAGAGGUACAUCCAGAUCACCAUACCUAAGAGAGGAAAGGUAGUCCACACUAAAGGGGUCUCACUCCCUGAAGGAACAAUAGCAGACAUUGAGAACAGCUACAAGUACCUCGGUAUCCCACAAGCUAAUGGCAACCUCGAACUGGCAACGAGGAAAGCGGCUAUGGCCAAAUACCUCCUACAAGUGAGGCAAGUCCUAAGAAGCCAGCUCAAUGGCAAGAAUAAGACCCGGGCAAUAAACAGCUAUGCCCUGCCAGUGAUCAUAUACCCUGCAGGAAUAAUAAGGCGGCCAAACGAAGAGAUUCAGACCACGGACGUUAAGACCCGAAAGCGCCGAACCAUGCAUGGACGGAUCCAUCCCAAAUCCAGCACCCUGAGACUGUACGCAAUCCGAAAGGAAGGAGGCCGGGGACUAGCGAGUGUGAGGGCCACUGUCCAGGAUGAAACAUCCAAGCUCCAUGAAUACAUCAAGGAGAAGGCUCCAACGGAUGACGUACUCAUAGAAGGGCUCAGAUAAUGGGGAACAGAAGAUGAGGCGCUGGAAGAGAGAUCAUCAAGGGAGGACAAGCCCCUACACGGAAUGUACCACCGGACCAUAACUGAAGUGGCCGAUCUCAAGAAGUCCUAUCAGUGGCUAGAGAAGGCUGGCCUGAAGGACAGCACAGAGGCACUCAUCCUGGCUGCUCAGGAGCAGGCCCCGAGCACCAGAGCCAUUGAGGCCCAGAUAUACCACACCAGACAAGACCCAAGGUGUAGGUUGUGCAAAGAGGCACCUUAGACGAUCCAACACAUAACUGCAGGGUGUAAGAUGCUGGCAGGGAAAGCCUACAUAGAACGCCAUAACCAGGUGGCUGGCAUAAUCUACCAAAACAUCUGAGUAUGGACUGGAAACCCCAAGGUCAAAAAGGGAAACACCUCCGAAGGUGGUGGAGAAUGACAGAGCGAAGAUCCUGUGGGACUUCCAGAUCCAGACUGACAAGAUGGUAAUGGCGAACCAACCAGAUCAUGAUCAUAGAUAAAGGGCAGAGGAAAGCCGUUGUAGUGGAUGUAGCAGUCCCAAAUGAUGGAAACAUCAGAAAGAAGGAACACGAGAAACUCGAGAAGUACCAAGGGCUCAGAGAGGAGCUGGAGAGAGCCUGGAAGGUAAAGGUGACAGUCGUGCCUGUGGUGGUCGGCGCACUCUGGGCAGUGACCCCCAAACUAGAUGAGUGGUUGCAACAGAUCCCGGGAACAACAUCGGACAUCUCAGUCCAGAAAUGUGCAGUGCUGGGAACAGCAAGGAUACUGCGCAGAACCCUCAAGCUUCCUGGCCUCUGGUAGAGGACCCGAGCUGAAUGAGGGACGGACACCACCCGAGGGGGGGGGGGGGGGGGACGAGGAAUUUAAAAAAAAAAUCCUCAUCUCACCCCUUGGGUGGUAUCCCGGGAACAACAUCGGACAUCUCAGUCCAGAAAUGUGCAGUGCUGGGAACAGCAAGGAUACUGCGCAGAACCCUCAAGCUUCCUGGCCUCCGGUAGAGGACCCGAGCUGAAUGAGGGACAGACAGCACCCGAGGGUGGGUGAGAGGAGGAUUUUUUUUUUUUUUUUAAUAUAUACAGUCCCUGAUUGACUAUUGUGUUCUUGAGAUACAGCACAAACAUUGCUGAUUACUUCAGCGUUCAUCCUUUCCCUAUGGAAUACAAUGUUAACAGAGUGGUGGCUUGCUG